AGUAUGCCCAUAAUACGCUGCUUAACGCGUCCACGGGGCUCUCACCAUUUGAGGCCCAGUUUGGAUUCCAACCUCCUCUGUUCCCGGAACUGGAGAAGAACAACGAGGUGCCGUCUGCUGGGUUCUUUGUUCGGCGAUGUCGGGCUACGUGGAGGAGAGUCCGUGCGUCCCUCCUGCGCUCCUCGGCCAAACAGAAGGGACUUGCCGACAGGCAUCGCCGUCCGGCACCCUCCUAUCGGGUGGGUCAACGGGUUUGGUUAUCUACCCGUGACCUUCCUUUUACGAGUUGAAUCUCGUAAACUCACCCCUCGGUUUGAGGGCCCUUUUAAGAUCGUGCGUAAAAUCAACCCGGUCACGGUUCGCUUGCAGCUCCCUCGUUCCAUGAAAAUCCACCCGACGUUUCAUGUCUCUCGCCUUAAACCGGUUCUCGUGAGCGCGUUGGCUCCGGCGGACCACCCGCCGCCCCCACCUCAGCUCAUUGAUGGGGAGCCGGUAUAUACAGUACGCCGCAUUCUGGCUGAGAGACGAGUGGGCCGAGGGGAUCAGUUCCUUAUUGACUGGGAGGGCUAUGGCCCCGAGGAACGCUGUUGGGUCCCCUCUAGAGACAUUUUGGACCCUGAGCUUAUUCAUGACUUCCGCAGGCGUGGUUCGGAGGGCCCGUCUGGGGCCGGCCCUUAG